GUCUCUUUUUGAUCUCGUGUGUUUGUGUGUAUCUCUCUCUCUCCAAUCGUCCCAUCGCCAUGACCUCCUCGUCGUCCCCCGUCCCCGCCUCGAUCCUCAUCGUCGGCUCCGGCGUCUUCGGCCUCACGACCGCCUACUCGCUGGCGCGCAACCCGGCCUACAGCAAGACGACCAUCACCGUCGUCGACCGGCAGGGCUUCCCCUCGCCCGACGCCUCCAGUAUCGACACGUCCCGCAUCAUCCGCCCCGACUACGCCGACCCCGCCUACGCCGCCCUCGCCUACGAGGCCCAGGACCUCUGGCGCGGGGCCUGGGGCGCCGACGGCCGGUACACCGAGACGGGGCUGUGCUUGACCGCGGAGCCCGGCUGCGCCGACUACGUCAACAAGUCGCUGGAGAACGUGCGCGCGCUCGAAGCCGUGCGGGAAGAGGUGCUGCGCGCAACGGCGCAGACGGCCAACACGGCGGUCCAGCGCGACAACGACGCGCAGCCCGCCCGCCCCGCGCUGCAGGAACUGCGCUCUGCCGCCGAGAUAUCGCGGAUCCACACAUUUGGCGGGACGAACGGGUCCGUGGGCUACGUGAACUGGACGUCCGGAUGGGCGGACCCGGAGGCGAGCAUGGCCCACCUGCAGGCCCUGGUCGCAGCGACAGGGCGCGUGGCGUUCGUGCGCGCAACCGUGACGCGGCUGCUGUUCGCGCACGCAGAGACGACGGUCCCGUCGGCGCAGAGCUCGCGCGUGCUCGGCGCCGCGCUGGACGACGGCCGCGAGCUGCGCGCCGAGGUGACGGUCGUUGCGGCCGGCGCGUGGAGCGGCGCGCUGCUGGACCUGCGCGGCAUCGUGGAGGCGACGGGGCAGGCGCUGGCGUACGUCGACAUUUCGGCCGACGAGCAAGCCGCCCUGGGCAAGAACCCCACCGUCCUCAAUCUCGCCACCGGCAUGUUCGUCAUCCCGCCCUCGCGCCGCCUGCUCAAGCUCGCGCGCCACGGCCACGGCUACUCCCACUACGUCAACAUCGCGCACCCAGAGCUGCCCGCGAGCGCAAACGAGACGAUCUCGGUUUCGCUGCCGCGCACGCACGCGACCUCCCCCGCACUGCCCGCCCACCUGCCCGCCGAGGCAGAGGCCGCGCUGCGCAAACUCUGCCAGGACCUCGUGCCCAGCUGCGCGGCGCGCCCGUUCCGCAGCACGCGCCUGUGCUACUACGCCGACACGCGCGACGGUGACUUCCUCAUCACGCACCACCCAGCGUACGGGCGGAGUUUGUUCGUCGCGACGGGCGGGUCCGGGCACGGCUUCAAGUUCCUGCCCGUUAUCGGUGAUCGCAUCGUCCAGUGCUUGGAGGGAAGGCCGCCCGCGCAGUUCCGUGACAAGUGGGCGUGGCCCAAGGAGCGUGUGCCGUUUGAGCUGUGGAAGGGGGAUGGGAGCCGCGGCGGGAGGAAGGGCAUGCGCCUUGAGAGGGAGUAUGCUAAGGGUGCGCGGUUGUAAGGUGGAGAGGCGGGGAGGCGGGUUGGGGAUGGGAGAGGGGGAGGGAAAGAGAGGGAGAGAGGACGGAGGCUUGGUCUGAAGAAAGGAAAAGGAAAAGGAAAAGAAAGAAAAGAGAGGAGAGAAGAAAAGAGAGAGAAGAAAAGAGAAAGAGAAGAAAAGACGAAGAGAAAGCAGCAUAAAACUACAUACCUACCUACCUACAUACCAACCCACCCACCCACACAUACAUAUCCAACCAAACAUUGAAUCGCGCAAUUCCACCCC